GCGUCACUUCCUGUUUUUAGCAUGGCGUCAACUUCCAAAUAAGGAAGACGCCACUGCCGUUAUAUGCUAGCGGCUAAUUCGUGUUUACACUAUGCCACCUUUAACAAACUUCUGUCCGAUUCCUCGCGCCCUGUUUGUGUUUCGACAAACGUCCUUGUGUUACAUUGUGGCCGAUAUGAGCGUGUUUUGUAACAUAAGUGGCAAUUUAGUGGCCAACUGGACUCAUGACAACAUCACCUGUCCUUCAUCUAAUGUGAUCAAAGUUCCAAUGCCGAGUCCGAGUGAACAGUACUGGAAUCGUGUUGUUCUACAAAGAUCCAGUAGUCUAGAUGAAACUGGACAUGUGGUCUGGCACCUGGCCCUGUGUCUGCUGCUGAGCUGCAUGAUUAUUGCAGCCGUGCUCAUCAAAGGCAUCAAGUCAUCAGGAAAAGCUGUGUAUUUCACCUCUACAUUCCCCUAUGUGUUGCUUUUAAUUCUGAUUAUCAGAAGUGCAAUGUUAGAAGGAUCAGGUGAUGGGAUAGCAUACUACAUUGGUGCAAAGUCCAAUCUCACAAAACUAACUGAAGCACAGGUGUGGGGGGAUGCUGUAACACAGACAUUUUUCUCCUUAUCCAUUGGCUGUGGUGGAAUUGUGACGCUUGCAUCUUAUAACAAUUUUCACAACAACAUAAUUAAAGACUCAUGUUUCUGUGGCUUUGUUAACCACGGAACUAGUAUCUUUGCAGGCUUUGCCAUCUUUGGAUUGUUGGGUCAUAUGGCUCAUUUGUAUGGACAACCUAUUGAAGCUGUGGUGGAGGAAGGAUUUGCCAUGGCAUUUAUUGUUUAUCCAGCUGGUCUGACUAAACUUCCUGGAUCCUCUUUUUUCUCAUUUCUCUUCUUUUUAAUGCUUUCAUUAAUUGGCCUGGACACUCAGUUUAUAAACAUCGAGGUGCUCGUCACCAUUCUGUGUGAUUCCUACCCCAAUGUUCUUAAAAGCAGACGUGGCUUUGUGACAUUUGGAAUUUGUUCAUUACUUUUCCUCCUGGGUCUACCGUGUGUAACACAGGCAGGAAUAUAUUGGGUACAUCUAUUGGACAAGUUUGCUGGAAGCUGGUUGAUUCUUAUUAUGGUUUUGAGUGAGCUCAUUGGCUUCUGUUACAUAUAUGGUGUAAAGAAUUUGAUUGCAGACAUUGAGAUGAUGAUUGGAAAAAAGAGCUCGACCUACUGGUUGAUAUGGAAAUGCAGUUGGUUGAUCAUCACUCCUGUCAUCGCUUUUGCGGUUCUGUUAUGGUCUCUGAUAUCAGUCACCAGGCCUGUGUAUGGAGAAGUCCUCUACCCUGACUGGGGCACAGCUAUGGGUUGGUGUGUUGUUGCGUUUGUCCUGAUCCCGAUCCCCGGUGCCAUUGUGUAUAAAGUCUUCAAAGGAAAGGGAAGUUUCUGGAAGCAAGUGAAGGCCUUGACUUCUCCCUCCGAGGACUGGCAUCCUUACUUGGACAUUCAUUGCGUGGAUCGCUAUUCAAAGGAAAUAGUGCACACAUUUAGCUGUAACGUGGGCGGCCUGUCCUUGAGUCCAUCAGCGAACCCACAUUCGGCACGGAACAAGUCCACCUGUGAACAGAACGCUGCGACAGGAGCACAGAGGGAGCUGGGUUUCAUAACAGUCUCACACAACACCAUGCGCUAAGGCCGGCGUGUGAUCAGGUCCUGUUACAUUAUUUUGGGUGUCAUCACACAUCCCAUGGCUUUCGUGUGUGUGUAUAAUUGUGUGUGUGUGUGUGCAUGAAAGCUUUUCUAACACAAUUAAAAAACACACACACAGCAGAGGGACUGACCUGCUUCACUCUUCAUUAACAUUAACGAGGAUUAGACUAAGCAGUAGCCGUUGAAUCAAUUCAUGAGUCACAGCAGUUCCAGUGAGCGUCUAUAUAAAUAAAUAAACACAUUGACUAAACUAUUGUUAUAUUUCAUGCUACCGUAGCAUCAUACAAGAGGCUCUGUUUCAGACAUGCCGCACAGAGGGAGAGUGGUAAUGAGAGAGAAAUUUGACACCAGACAUGAGUUGAAUUUUCAAAUCCUCCAUAGAUGUUCCCAGCAGCAAACGUCAGAUUCUGGAAAAUGAAAUAAAUAAAUAAUAAAAAAUAAAGGUGAGUCAGAGAGAGCUGGGGAGGGAGAGAGAGAAGGAGGGAGGCACAUGAACAAGUGAUGAGUUAGACACAGCAGAGCUGGAUUUCUUCCUCCAAUAAAAGCAGCUAACACCUCUCCUCCUCCCCCUUCCAAUCUCGCAGUGUUGCUAUGGCAAUUUCCCCUCGCUCCCUUCCUUUCAGUGAGCCUCCACUUUAUCCUUGGAGCCUUUCAUUCGGCAGAGCAUUUGGCUGUGUGAGCUUUUGUGUGGGAGCUUUUAAAUGACUUAAGCUAAUGAAGGAGAAAGCCAUAAGAGACUGCUUAACAGACACAGGGGCAGACGUGUACUGUAUAUUCACACACACACACACAUUGAUAUUUCAAAAGAGAAUUAUCUCCAUUUUCAUCACGACAUUAAAUCCAGUUAAAUGUCCCAACUUUCGACAAAGUUCUUGUUCACCUUGUUGCCCCCUGGUUGUUACUGAUUAUCCCCAUGACACUUUUAAAAUUGUGGUGUAACUGAUGAGUGCCACCACCUGUCUAU